AUGGCACCAUUUAAGGCUUUGUAUGGGAGGAAAUGUCGUAGUCCAAUUUGUUGGAACGACAUUAGUGAAACUAUGAUCCUAGGGCCUCAAAUGAUUGAAGAUACAUUUAAGCAAGUAAGGGAAAUUCAAGCAGCUCAACAUCGCCUAAAGAGGUAUGCAGACUUAAAGCAAAGGGAAGAAGAGUUCAAAAUUGGUGAUAAAGUGUUGUUAAAGGUGUCACCAAUGAAAGGAGUGAUGAGAUUUGGAAAGAAAGGAAAGCUCAAUCCAAAAUACAUUGGUCCAUAUGAAAUACUACAAAGAAUAGGCAAAGUAGCUUAUAGAAAGUACAUUCCUGAUAAAUCCCAUGUGCUACAACCCGAAACCAUUGAUUUAGAUCAAAGCUUAACUUAUGAGGAGAGACCUGUCAAGAUUCCUGACAGUAAAGCGCGCAGUACAAGCAAUAAGAACGUUAACAUUGUGAAAGUACUUUGGUCUAACCAAGAAUAUGAGGAAGCCACUUGGGAGGCAGAAGAUGAAAUGAAAAAGAAAUACCCGGAGUUGUUUCAGGUAUUUGGAGAAUCGCCUUUGCAAAGGAUCAAGUUGGGACCUUAA